CAGAGAGUAGGACUCUUAACAAACUGUUAUCCAUUAUGGAUAAUCCUGAUCACCCUCUGCACACCCUACUGGACAAACAGCGGAGCAGCUUCUCCAACAGACUGAUCCAACUCCGCUGUCACAAGGACAGAUACAGGAAAUCUUUCUUACCGAAGGCCAUAACUCUGUACAACAGCUCACCUCAUGCGAGCAGAGAACUGUCAUCAUGAUAAUAUCUGUCUCUCCAUACUGUCAUCUGUUCUGCACAUGUUAAAUUUACAAAUUAUCCCUGCACUCAUGUUCACUUCAUUUGGCUGUCUACUCGCCGUUAUAUUGUAUAGUUUCUGCUUAUAAUACGUCUACACUCAUGCACUUUAAUUUAUGUCAAUACUGUCCAUUUCCAACUCUGUUUUUGCACAUUUACAUUCAAUCUUCCAUAUUUAAUCUUCCUAUUUAAGACUAGUAAUGCUUAGUUAAAUCCUGGUUGUACAUAUUCACAUUCUUAUUUUUUUUUAUAUCUUUUAGUACUUAUUUACUUUGUAGUUAAUAUUAUAUUGUGUUUAGAUUUGCUAACAUUGUGUUGUUUUUUUUUUACUCAUAUUGUGUGUUGGAUAACCUGCUGCUGUAACGCCACAAUUUCCCAGUUUGGGAUCAAUAAAGUAAUUCUAUUCUAUAUUCUAUUCUAUAUUAUAUUAUACUACAUUAUAUUAUAUAACUGCACUCUGCAUUACUGUGGUACAACACUGCCUCUCUUCUCUGCUGUUUACAUUACUUGCUGCUAUUUAUCAUACCAAGUCACUUUAAUCAUCACUUGUCACUUUAUCUUGUCAUUCUCUGCAAAUACUGUCUCAAUUCCCUGCAUAGUUAACUUCAUCAUUCAUUUUGUACUUGUAUAUACCCCCUGUUUUUAUUUUUAUUUAUCUUAUCUAUUCUGUUUAAUGUGUAUUUUGAUCUUACUUGUCUGUGCUGCUGCAACGCCUGAAUUUCCCCUCUGGGGAUCAAUAAAGUAUUAUCCUAUCCUAUCCUACCUCUGUGAGUGUUGGAAAAUGUCACAGGUGGGGAUGCUUACUUAACCCUUUGACUUCCACACUAAGAAAUCUAUUUGCAAAAAAAUGUUUGUUGGUAAAAUUGUGUUCCUGCCUCUUCAUUAAGCAACAUUUCAGGUUAUAUUUUUCGGAUUACCCAAUCAGGAAGCAGAUAUGCAGGUCAACCAGCUGGUUGCCUGUUUAGGGUUACUUUGGACAUGAAUGGAUUUCUUUCAUUUCUGCAACAAAAUGUUUAGUUAGAUGUAAACAUCACAGAGAGAAGAACUUGUUAAAAUAACCUAUAAUUUAUUUAAUAAAUUUAAUGAGUAGCAAUGGUUAGAAAAGGUGAACAAAAUAAGAAAUUAGUGACUUGAGCCAGGCCGUUUGCGUAGACUGGCAACUCAACCGAGCGGUUGUUUUCUGAGGAAUCGUAGAUAUAUAUUUUGUUGUCAAAUUUAUUUCCUUCAACUAAAAUAUGAUUGUUAGAGGGUCUAUAAAUGAUAUGUGAAAAUAUAUUUUUUUUUUACCCGGACAUUUGCUCUUAUUCUGUGAGAUUUCUGAGGAGCUGUGCAGUGCAGAGUCACUCCCGGUAUUUUCCACAGUUUUAAGACAAUGAUAAUUAUGUACAGCAGCGCCACCCAUUGGACAUAAUCUGUGUUACAUACACUAUUCAAUGAGGUGAAUGAGGAUAAACAGCCAAAGAUAGGUUUUCAGAGUUUUAAAUACAGCAAUAUGGUGGCGGAAAAAAGGUCAACCGCGUGGUUACAAUGCAAGUCAAAGGGAGGGGAGGUGUUCUGUAAAGGGAACAAAGCGGGCUGUUUCCACCCGGACCAUUGAGUGUGUAACACAAGUUGUGAGUAAACGUUCCUGCUGAGCAUACACGUGAUUCUCCGUGUCUUUAUUAAUGAUCGUUAGGGUGCUAACGUAACAGUAGAUGAUCAGAGUAAAGUUGUAAAGACGUCAGCGCUGAGUUGAGUUUUCCCUCUGUGACUCUUGGAUGUGUGUAAGAUGGCCGGGUUUAAGGAUCUUAAAGAGUUAUUCAGUCGACGGCUGCUCGCUGCGGUUAUCAGAGAUAUAACAGAAGAAAGAACAACAAGUGGAUACGAAGAGGAGCUCCACCGACAAAGAAAACUGCUGGAUGUGAUUUUAACUCCUGAAAUCAAGCUACAGAGAACAGAUGUCCAGCAGCUGUUGGUGAGUAAAGAAGAGCUUCCACCUGAGCAGCAGGAGUGGAGCCACAUUCUGGACCAGGAGGACACUAAGCCCCAACACAUUAAAGAAGAACAUGAGGAACUGUGGAUCAGUCAGGAGGAAGAACAGCUUCAAGGACUGGAGGAGGCUGAUACCGCCAAGUUCACCUUCACUCCUGUCUCUGUGAAGAGUGAAGAUGAUGAAGAGAAACCUCAGUCCUCACAGCUUCAUCAGAGACAAACUGAACAGAUGGAAACAGGAGUUGAUGGAGAGGACUGUGGAGGAGCAGAACCAGAGAGAGACUCAGAUCCAGAAAGACGUUUACAACCAGAGACUGAAGACUCUGGUGAACCUGAGACUGAUGACAGUGAUGAUUGGAAAGAGACAAGAGAAGAUCUGUCAGAAUUAAACUUGAAAAAUAAGAAACUAAAGACUGGUAAGAGACCACACAGCUGCUCGGAGUGUGGUAAAAGAUUUAACCAGAAAGGGAAUCUGACAAAACACAUGUUAGUUCAUACAGGAGAGAAACCCUUCAGCUGCUCUGUUUGCAGUAAAAGCUUUACACAAAGACAACAUCUGACCACACACAUGUUAGUUCAUACAGGAGAGAAAGCCUUCAGCUGCUCUGUUUGCAGUGAAAGCUUUACCCUAAGACAACAUCUGACCAGACACAUGUUAGUUCAUACAGGAGAGAAACCCUUCAGUUGCUCUGUUUGCAGUAAAAGCUUUACCCAAAGAGGAACUCUGACCACACACAUGUUAGUUCAUACAGGAGAGAAACCCUUCAGCUGCUCUGUUUGUAGUAAAAGCUUUACCGUAAGAGGUAGUCUGACCACACACAUGUUAGUUCAUACAGGAGAGAAACCCUUCAGCUGCUCUGUUUGCAGUAAAAGCUUUACCGUAAGAGGUAGUCUGACCAUACACAUGUUAGUGCAUACAGGAGAUAAACCCUUCAGCUGCUCUGUUUGCAGUAAAAGCUUUACCCGAAGACAACAUCUGACCACACACAUGAUGAUUCAUACAGGAGAGAGAUGCUAAUCCUGUGCAAUGGUAAAACUGAUCCAAAGGAUUCCAACUUAACAUCACUAAUGUGUAUAUAAGACAAAAAAGAGAUAAAAGACAUAAAUCUGUCUCUACUAUUUGAAAUUUAUGUUUUGUUGCUGACAUAUGAACCAGUAAGUUGGGAUCAGCUAUGACGUUUGAAUUGAAAGUGUUUAUAUGAAACAGUUACAGUGUAAGGAUUCUUCUCUCCUGAUAUCUUCUCUUCUUUCUGUCACUCUGUUUCCUUGGAUGCCUCUGUGUUGGGUAGCAGAAGUUCUUCAGACAGCUCAUGUGUAACCUUGUAAUAAAUAAACUGAUGUAGAGUGAGAAAGA